AAUUCGUGUUAAUAAUAGUUAAUUAGAAGCUGAUGAAAUUCGUUGCACUUCUAAUCGUUUCGUUUAUUUUUAAAUAGCAUUUUAUUGAUUGUAUUGCUGAAUUUCUUGUUAUGUUAUCACAUGAUACAUUUCAUUCAAAACAAGUUAUUAACAUACAAGAUUUAAUAAAACAUUAUGAUUCAUUAUUAGCAAGUGGACAUGAACCUGAAACACAUGCUUUAGCAGCAUUAGGACCAGUUUUAUAUGAUUUUUUUUCUUUUAUUGUUAAUAGUGUUCAAAUUGAAGAUGAUAAAUGGAAACGUCUUUCACGACAAAUUGUCGAUUUACUUCUUGCUCAUUUACAAUCUCAGAAUCAAGCACUUUUGGAUAUUUAUUCCACACAAUUAACACUAUUUGAUGUUGUCUCAUCAGCUGCAUUACGAUCAAUUGAUCCAUUUGUUAUUGCUUUUCGAGCAUUAAAUGUCAAUUGUCAAUCUAGAAAUCGAUAG